AAUAUUUAUUUUUUUUAUCCUCAGGGGAUCCGACUGGCCAAUGUGUUGAAUUUAACUCAUCAGUAAAAACCUGUGAGGUGUUUGCCUGGUGUCCGAUCGAGGGAAUGAGGAAUGCUUCCAAGCCUGCUGUUUUGGAAUCAGCAGAAAACUUCACCGUCUUUAUUAAAAACAAAAUUGGAUUCAUUAACUUCAAUUACACAAAGAGAAACAUCUUGCCGGAUAUGAACGAAACCUAUCUAAAACAGUGUAUGUUUAACCGAAAGACGGACCCAUACUGCCCGAUAUUCCGCCUGGGAAAUAUUGUCCAAGAAGCCGGGGAGAAUUUCACAGAAAUGGCUGUUAAGGGAGGAGUGAUAGCAAUACAGAUUAACUGGGAAUGUGACCUGGAUUGGCUGCUUCACAAGUGUGUCCCGGAGUACAGCUUUCGAAGACUGGACGAGAAAAACGACAAGAAGACCCUAUUCCCUGGCUUCAGCUUCAGGUUUGCAAGAUACUAUAAACAGAACGGAGUGGAAGAGCGCACAUUGUUCAAGGUGUAUGGAGUCCGGUUUGAUGUCAUGGUGACUGGAAAGGCUGGAAAAUUCAAUCUAAUUAAGCUGAUUACAUACAUUGGAUCCACACUCUCCUACUUCGGUGUGACAAUAAUCGUGGUUGACUUCCUCCUUGCAAACUACGUUCAUCCCAGUUGCUGCAAAAAAGAGGUCAAAAGUUACUAUACUGGGAAGAAAUAUGAAACUGUGGAAUAUCAGUUAGAGAUGAGAGACGUCAGCAACAGAGAAGGUCAGGAUUGUGAAUCCAGCCCUUAGUGCAUUUUUAUACUGUGUUUAUUGUUGUUGUUGUUUUAACAUGUAUUGUGCACACAGUAUAUUUUUCAUUGCUAAGCAAAGGCAGAUAGUUAAUUCAGUUUUGUUCUGACAGCAGUUUUCAUAAACUGAUGCUUUGCAACACUUUUGUAUCACGCUGAAAUGAAUAAAAAUGAACAAAA